CCCCCAUAAUCUCUGUGCCAGCUCAGCCUCCUCCUGUGUGCAGAGUGUGACCCUGCUGAUAUCUGAGUGUCAGAGACUGUCACUUUCACUUCCCUCUUCUGCUGCAGCGAUGGCGUCUGCUGAUCUGAGACAGGAGAUGAACUGUUCCAUCUGCCGGAGCAUGUAUACAGAUCCUGUAUCACUGAGAUGUGGCCACAACUUCUGCCGGGUCUGUAUUGAUCGUACGUUGGAUACACAGAAAGAAUGGACUACACCUUAUAACUGUCCUGAAUGCAGAAAAGAGUUCAGAGGACGUCCUUCACUGAUGAGAAACAUAACGCUGUGUAACAUAGUGGGGAGUUUCCUCUCUACUCGGCCAGAUCAGGAGGAGACUGGGAUCUUCUGCUCUUACUGUGUGGACUCUCCUGUACCUGCUGCUAAGUCCUGUCUACAUUGUGAGGCUCAUCUGUGUGAUAAUCACCUAAAAGUACACAGCAAGUCAGCAGAGCACGUCUUAUGUGAUCCCACCACUGCCCUGGGGAACAGAAAAUGCUCCGUCCAUAAGAAGAUCCUGGAGUAUUACUGCACUGAGGACUCUGUCUGUGUCUGUGUGUCCUGCAGGCUGGAUGGAGAACAUCGGGGACACCAGGUGGAGAUGUUGGAUGAGGCCUCUGAGAAGAAGAAGGAGAAGCUGAGAGAUGUUCUGCAGAAACUGACCACAAAGAGAGGGGAGACUGAGAAGAGAGUCCAGAGUCUGCAGGAGCGCAGGAGAGAACGUCAGAUGAAAACAGCCGGUGUAAAAGAGACAGUCACUGCCAUGUUUAGAGACAUCAGGAGACAGCUGGAAGACCUGGAGAAGAAUGUCCUGAGUGAGAUCUCCAGGCAGGAACAGCGCAUUUCACUCUCCGUCUCUGAUCUGAUCCAGCAGCUGGAAAUAGAGAAGGUGGAGCUGUCCGGGAAGAUGCGUCACAUUGAGGAGCUGUGUAACAUGGGUGACCCAGUGACUGUCUUACAGGAACCAGACACAGAGGACUUGUGUGAUACUGAGGACACAGAGAGACAUGAUAACCAGGUCCAUGGUGCAGGAAAUCUGGAUGUGAGUCUCAUCUCAGGGACAUUACACACAUUAUCUGAUAUGAUAACGGGUAUAAAUACAGUGAUUCAUGUGCAGGAAGCAGCAGACCUAUUACUGGAUGCAGACACGGCUGGUAAUGAUAUACAGAUAUCAGGUGACAGGAAAACUGUAUCCCGGUCACAUGAAAAACAGAGUUAUCCAGUAACACCGCAGAGAUUCCAGUACGCUCAAGUAAUGAGCACCAGGGGAUUGUCCUCAGGGCGCCAUUACUGGGAGGUGGAUGUCAGUAAGUCGGUGUUCUGGAGGGUGGGGGUGUGUUGUCCCAGUAAAUCCAGGAGAGGAAAGCAGUCGCUCUUUGGAGAUAAUAACAAGUCCUGGUGUCUGAAGAGGUGUAAUGAUCAGUACUCAGUAUUACAUGACAGGACAGUGAUCCAGUUACCUGACAAUAUCCCCUGUGACAGAGUGGCGAUGUGUCUGGAUUAUGAGGCCGGGCGGCUGUCUUAUUACUCUAUAUUUGACCGCAUCAGACACUUACACACAGUCACCGCCGCCUUCACUGAGCCCCUCCAUGCUGCAUUAUGGGUAGGGAACGGGUAUGUAAGAAUGUCUGGGGAGAGUCCGGGAGAAAAUAUCUGCCCAGAUACUGGUGACAUCACAGGGAGGGGAAUCUGAUUGGUAGUUGUUUGAUGCCUACCUGCCCGCAGUGGGCACAAGCUCUGUGAAGCCGGUUUGGCUGAUCCCAGCGCAUGUACGGAAGAAUCUUCAAUGAGUGUGCCAUAGCCACUGAAUACAGAGCCGGCAUCUCAGCACAGGCAGACUGGCACGUGGUACCCACCUGCUGCACUUACCUGGCUUACCAUGUUCUGCCAGCCACGAGUGAUAUAGAAUGAAGUGAUUGCACGUGUUCAUAGCAUUAAGGAAAUAUUUAGUGUUGCGGCAUAACGUGUGAUUAUAUAAUAUACAUUGGUGCAAUUACUGUAUAUACAUCAAAUAUCACCUUUAUUAGCAUUCUUUAUGUGAAAAAAAUAAUAUGAUUUUGAAGUCAGCCAGGUCACUGUUGUCAGUCCACUAACAGCCAAUCAGCAGCCUGUUCCCACGGUAGUGGCUACUGAUUGGCUGGGGGCUCUGCAAGUGACAGAACUCGUGGGUGACGCCACUUGCAGGUACUGCUCCGCAUGUGCAGUGCGGCUUGUGUCCAGGCUUGUUUGUGUGCUUCAUGGAGAACUGCCAUGUGGGGAAGGGGUGCUGGGACCUCUCGUAAAAUGUUUCUCUAACUUUCACUUAAAUUGCAAUCAACUUGGCACCCAAGGGUGCCGGGGAUCACCCUGGGCUUCACCCUAGCCCUGUGGAUCCAUUGGCCCCCCCAGUGGAUCCCCAGGUUCCCCCUUUUCCGAAGAUUCCCAAGGCUGGGGUGACUAGUUGGGAAGGUGAAUGCUUUGGCCAGGGGACCCCCAUCAAGUGUGUUCCGUGACUGUGGUAUUACCCCCACUAGUAAGAGUGGAGUGCUGGUCCUGGAAAUAUGGGGGGCCCCUAGACAUUUACACCACCCCCAUAUUUCCAGUACCAGGACUGACUCAAGAGCCCGGUGCAGGUUCACUGAAAUACAGGGGACCCCACGUCAUAUUUCCCCUAAAAUAAACCCUUUAAUUGACUUAGGGGGCAUUUACUAAGCAGUGAUAAGAGAGGAGAAGUGAGCCAGUGGAGAAGU